UCCUCUCGCAGCGCUUCCGGUCUGUCUCACCGUGUCUCGCUUCACAGUAUUGAGGGCUUUUAUCAGUGUGAAUUCAGACUCCAGGGUCUCUUCACAGCAUCGAUGGCUGAUCAUGUGGAACAUGCUGUCAAUAAUGUGUCAGUGGACGGGACAGAGGGCAGCCGGCACACUGAGACGAGCCCCGGCCGAACCGAGGUGGAGCUGAACGGCCAGCCGCCCACCGCUCGACCCCCGCUGGUGCUCACAGACACCGAGGAGGACGAGGAUGAGGAGCUGACGCUCAAAUACGGAGCCAAGCACGUGAUCAUGCUGUUCAUUCCCGUCACGCUGUGUAUGGUGGUGGUGGUGGCCACCAUCAAAUCAGUCAGUUUCUACACGCAGAAGGACGGCCAGCAGCUGAUCUACACUCCGUUCCGUGAGGACACAGAGACGGUGGGACAGCGUGCACUGAACUCCAUGCUCAACGCCGCCAUCAUGAUCAGUGUGAUUGUGGUCAUGACCCUGGUGCUGGUGGUGCUCUACAAGUACAGAUGCUACAAGGUGAUUCAAGGCUGGCUGUUCUUCUCCAACCUUCUCCUCCUCUUCUUUUUCUCCUUCAUUUAUUUGGGGGAAGUGUUCAAGACGUAUAACGUGGCCAUGGACUACCUGACGUUAGCGCUGAUCAUCUGGAACUUCGGUGUGGUGGGAAUGAUCUGUAUCCACUGGAAGGGUCCUCUGCGGCUCCAGCAGGCCUAUCUGAUCAUGAUCAGCGCUCUCAUGGCCCUGGUCUUCAUCAAGUACCUGCCCGAGUGGACCGCCUGGCUCAUCCUCGCGGCUAUAUCCGUCUACGAUCUGUUGGCGGUGUUGUGCCCGAAAGGACCUCUGCGUAUCCUGGUGGAAACGGCUCAAGAGAGGAAUGAACCUAUCUUCCCUGCUCUCAUCUACUCCUCAACCAUGGUGUGGCUGUUUAACAUGGCGGACAGCGCAGAGACCAGGAAUAAUUCCAGCCAUCCAGUUCCUGAGCAGGAGAACCAGGUGGCCGUGGCACCCAUGGCUCAGCCGGACGAUGAUGGCGGGUUCACACCAGCGUGGGUCGAUCAGCAGCAGCAUCAGCUCGGCCCCAUGCAGUCCACUGAGGACAGCAGACGAGAGAUCCAGGAGCUGCCCUCCGCUCGCCCGCCACCUGAGGAAGAUGAAGAAGAGCGGGGUGUGAAGCUGGGUUUGGGAGACUUCAUCUUUUACAGUAUGCUGGUGGGUAAAGCAUCAGCCACAGCCAGCGGUGACUGGAACACGACGCUAGCCUGCUUUGUGGCCAUUCUUAUCGGUUUAUGUCUAACUUUGCUCCUUCUGGCCAUCUUCAAAAAGGCCCUUCCAGCUCUCCCCAUCUCCAUAACCUUCGGCCUGGUCUUUUACUUUGCCACUGAUAACCUCGUGCGGCCGUUCAUGGAUCAGCUGGCUGUUCAUCAGUUCUACAUUUAACACAGAGGAGAGGUCACUCGUCAUGCACUCCACUUUACAGCUAAUUCCCAGAAUCCUCUUGCAGGGACCGUGAACCCUGUAGACUAGCACACCUCUCAUCUUCCUCUGGACACAUGACUGGAUUGGCUGUUUUUGCCAUUGAAUGACUCUAUUAAUCACAGUGCCUCUCCAGUGACUGACCUGAUCCUAAUAUCCUGAUAUGGCAACAUCUUCGGGCGAUACGUCGAACAUUUGUUUGUUUGGAGAAAAUACAAACCAUCUUACAUGUACGAAUGGAUGAAAAUGAUUGACAUUCAAACUUAAUUCAAAGUUUGAUGAACUCUGUUGUAUAGAAUGGGACCAGAGCUUGCUUUGUCCACCAGAUCUUGGAUGCAUUUUCUAGGCAUUACAUUAAUUCCAGCUCUGAUAUAGUGAGCGUUAACCCAAAGCUCUCUGAAUGAUACGUCUGCGCGCACAGAGGCCGGUACUGAUCACUUUUGUUGGUCUUCUGAGGGUGCCUGUGAUGCUUCGAGUUUUCAUUUUUAACACCAGCCAUUUGACCAUAUUUGAGACGACUCUAGCAUUAAAUCAAGUGCUGAUCCAAGCUACUGUUUUGCUCUCCUGAAAAGUGUGAGCGCGUUAUUUUGGAAUGUAUUCGAUUUUGGACAGGAUGUCAGGAGAAUUGUUUGUUUGUUAGUUAAUUUUGUUGUUUUGUUUCUCUUUUUUUUUUUUUUUAACCAGCAAAAUGGAUGAUUGAAUGACUUUUACUUUAAUAGUAUCCACACCUUUUGUCAUUUCAAGAAAAUGCAAAUGUUUUGUACCUAAACUGAAAGAUUCACAAAUAAAAGGAUUGCUCAUUUGAGCAAA